CGCUCUCCUUGGAUGCCGGAAGUGGGACCAAAACAAAGGCGCGGCGCCGGGCUCAGCACAGCCCGGCUUCGUGUCUCCGCCGCGAGCGCCCGCGGCCCGGCCGCCGACCUCCGCAGCCGUCCGACCAUGUCCACCAUGGAGAAACACCUGUUCAACCUGAAGUUCGCUGCCAAAGAGCUGAGCAGGAGUGCCAAGAAAUGCGACAAGGAAGAAAAGGCCGAAAAGGCCAAAAUUAAAAAGGCCAUUCAGAAGGGAAACAUGGAAGUGGCGAGGAUACACGCCGAGAACGCCAUCCGCCAGAAGAACCAGGGCGUGAACUUCCUGCGGAUGAGCGCGCGCGUGGACGCGGUGGCCGCCCGCGUGCAGACGGCGGUGACCAUGGGCAAGGUGACCAAGUCCAUGGCCGGCGUGGUCAAGUCGAUGGACGCGACGCUGAAGACCAUGAACCUGGAGAAGAUCUCCGCCCUGAUGGACAAGUUCGAGCACCAGUUCGAGACGCUCGACGUCCAGACGCAGCAGAUGGAGGACACGAUGAGCAGCACCACGACGCUGACCACGCCCCAGGGCCAGGUGGACCUGCUGCUGCAGGAGAUGGCCGACGAGGCGGGCCUGGACCUCACGCUGGAGCUGCCGCAGGGCCAGAGCGGCUCGGUGGGCGCCAGCGUGGCGGCGGCCGAGCAGGACGAGCUGUCGCAGCGGCUGGCGCGCCUGCGGGACCAGGUGUGAGGCGCCGCCUGCGCCG